GCGAUUGGUUGUCUAUGACGUCAGCGAUAUUCGGGGUUCCUGGUCGAAACGUCAACAAAGCAAAAACGUAAACAAACGAGAUGGCAGAUAUACCAGGUCCUUCGACUCUCGUUUUACAAGAUGAAAAUUGCAACAAAGAAAAUCUUGACACCAAUUUUGAGCCCGAGAGAAAGAAAAUGAAGACAGAAUAUAACCAAAAAGAAAAGGAAAAGGAAAAUAAAUUGGAAGAUCGACUGAGUGGAAUCCUUUGCUGCGCAGUUUGCCUUGACUUGCCCAGGACUUGCUUUCAGUGUACCAAUGGACAUCUUAUGUGUGCAGGAUGUUACAAUCACUUGCUGGCUGAUGGAAGGCUUAAAGAUGAGACAGCAACCUGCCCUAACUGUCGCUGUGAGAUCAACAAAAAUCUGUGUACCCGCAAUCUAGCUGUGGAGAAGGCAGUGUCCGAGCUCCCAAGCGUGUGCCAGUUCUGUAACUGUCAGUUACCUCGUAAUCAAGUAGAUCACCACCAGAGGGAGCUCUGUCUAGAGCGGUCCACAUGUUGUAAAUACUCUAGAAUUGGUUGUCCUUGGCAAGGACCCUUUCAUGAGUUGGCAGGACACGAGCAGAGCUGUAUCCAUCCGAACAAGCCCGCUGAUGACAUCAUGGAUGCUCUGUCAUUGGUUGAUAAGCAGAGAGAGGAGGAGCUUAGAGUCUACAGCAAUCUCUACAAUCUACUGUCAUAUGAGAAAGUCACCUUUAAUGAUUUGCAGCUGAAGCCCUACAGAACUGAUGACUUUAUCACCAAACUGUACUACGAGACCAGUAGAUUCUCGGCCUUUAAUCAUCAAUGGGUCAUCAAAGCCCGAAUCAACAAUGACAAACCGACUCAGUCUGUCUCAAGGUCGAUGUCGUAUCAACUGGUUCUCAAAGGCAAGAUCACAAACCCAAUACAGGUCAAGUUUAUUGCCCUGAAGGGACCAUAUGGGGACAUGAAAGUCAACCCCGCAAUAAACAUGUUUGAGUUCUCACCAGAAAACGUGGAGACAGAAUACUUCGACCUUCCUAUUGUGAAUUCCUUAGAGUGUAACAAAGUAUUAGCUUCCAAGACAAUAAAUGUUAGAGUAAUUAUGGUUCAUCUGCAGUAACCAGCCAGUCUUUACGUUAGCGUUCAACAUGUAAUGAAUUGCUAGACCUUUUUUUUUGGAAUCUCUGUAAUUAUUCUGUAACAAUGGCAUUCUAAUCAUGUUUUAAAUCAUUAUAAAUGUACUUA